GCGAAGUGCGUGACUCGGUUCGACGCACAAGCAGGCUGAGUCAGAUCACAGUCACGCUGCUGAUCGCACAAGACCCGUCGUCUGUCAGGCACAGGCUCGACGUUGCCGAGUCUCGUGACGCGCUAGACUGCCGUUGCGGCGACCCGAUUGUCACUCAGCGAUAGUCGCCUAUCUUGCCGACCUCGCAAGGUCGGAGUCACCUUGUUUGCCGCCUGAUCGACAAGAAGAGCCUGCACUGCCUUCCCUGAUCUCGCGCUCGUCGCUGUAGCCUAUCGAGACAGAUCACUAUGAUCUUGAUGACGAAGCAUUGACCCAAGCUUAGCCGCUCAGCACACACACAUACACACGAUCACCGUCUCGGCAUCCCGCGUCUGAUUAGCUCAGCACAUCUGUCGAAAUGGCCACGCCGAGUCAUGACGGAGCGCAGACGGGCGCCAUGGGCGAGCCAGAGUCAAACCAAUCAGCACGCUCGGCUCGCCCGAGCACGACGGGCAAGGACAGAGACCAUCGGUCCUCGAGCGACCAUCGCGCACGAGAUCACGAUAGGGAUCGCAUCGGUCCAUUCACGAUAGCAGAAGAGAUCGGCCGAGGUAGCUUUGCGACGGUCUACCGUGGCUAUCACACCAUGACGAAACAUCCGGUAGCCAUCAAGGCAGUCAAUCGAGGCAAAUUGACCCCAAAGCUCCUCGAAAACCUCGAAAGCGAGAUCAGAUUGCUCAAAGGGAUAGCUCACCCAAAUGUCGUCGAAUUGGUCGAUUGCCUCAAAACGAGCUCGCAUAUUUACUUGGUGAUGGCCUUCUGCUCUGCUGGCGAUCUGUCGCAGUACAUUCGCCAUCGCGGUCAGGUUGCGGCACUCUCCACGGCCACGCUCGCUACGCCCUCGACGAGUCAGUCAGCGCUCGACAGGUAUCCUCAUCCACCAGAAGGCGGCCUGAAUGAAGUCAUCGUCCGUGAAUUUCUUGGCCAACUAGCAACGGCUCUCGAAUUCCUUCGAUCAAGUAACAUCAUCCACCGUGAUAUCAAGCCACAGAACCUGCUCUUGCAGCCUGCGACGGAGACCGACUUGGCAGGAGGCCAUCCGCUAGGUAUACCUAUUCUCAAAGUCGCCGAUUUUGGGUUCGCGCGAUUCUUGCCCCAAGCAAGCAUGGCAGAGACCUUGUGCGGUUCUCCACUCUACAUGGCGCCCGAGAUACUUCGCUAUGAAAAGUAUGAUGCCAAGGCAGAUCUUUGGUCAGUCGGCGCAGUCCUCUAUGAGAUGGCAGUUGGCAAGGCGCCCUUCCGAGCGCAAAACCAUGUCGAGUUAUUGCGCAAGAUAGAGCGAGGCGAGGACAGGAUCAAAUUCCCGGACGAGCGCUCCUCAAAGCCGACAGAUGAAGAGCCUAAAGGGCCCCGUCCGAAAGUCUCUGAUGAUAUCAAGUCGCUCAUCCGUCUCCUGCUCAAGCGAAAUCCAACGGAGCGAAUGCCUUUUACAGACUUUUUCCGCAUGGCAGCCGAGGUUGCCUCGCGCAGUGCCGCCCGCUCGACAACGCCUAUCGCUGCACCCACUGCCGUCAGCAUACCGUUGACCGUCGCUGAAUCGGAGCUCGUUCAAGAGCCGACACCAUUCAAGUCUGCCGAGGCCCCACAUCAAGAGCUCUUGCACCGCCCAGAGCUCGAACAAGUCAGCUUGCCAUCGCCUACAAGCCCGCAUGCGCCUCGACGUCCAUCGUCUAGCUUCGCGCCCAAGUAUGUCGUCGGCGAUCUGCCUGCACGCUCGACUGCUGCGAAUCAAGAUGAACAGACAAGCGAGCGACUGCGUACUGCUCAAUCUAGCUCUCCUCGAAGUGGCGGUCAUACACCGCCUGAACUCAUCGCAGGUUCAAGUCUGGAUGAUCAUUCGCCGGCUCAGCCGUAUACACCGCGGAGCAAUCUGGCUAUGUUAGCACCUGGCAAGACGCAAGACGCGGCGCAUUCGCCCGCAAAUGACGACUCGCUCAUCGGGCAUGAAUACGUCGUCGUCGAGAAACGCACCGUUGAGAUCAAUGCACUUGCAGAUGAGCUUAUGGCAUCUCCUCAACGGCCUACUCUGAUUGGCCGUCGCUCAUCGAGAAGCUUCAUGACCAGGCCAGCUGGACCUCUCAGCCCGACCGUCAACGCGCCUUCAAGUCUCAGUCAUGGCUUCGUCGCAGGCGUGCCGGGCUCGACGCCGUACCCGCCGCCCCAAGAGCGCCAGAGCCCAUCCCCAAGCGCGCUGCAGCUCACGUCAUCGUCGCCUCGUAACAGACCAACUAUCUCUGCCUCUCCUCGCAGUCUUGGCUAUGCCAGCUCGCCGCUGGCGCUCGUCGGCAACCCAUCUGGCGCUAUUGCCAAGGUGCUCAACAUGGCCAGCGCGAGGUUCUUCGGCACUUCGGAUGGCACAAUGGUCAGACGAACAUCUCGCCUCACGCGAACGCCGCGUGGAAGUCAGACUCUUGAUCCAGAGGAAGAGAAGAUGCUCGUACAACUGGAGGAGUGUGCUCAGCGUGCAGCAGCCAUUUUCGACUUUGCGGACUACAAGCUCGCGCAGUUCUUGCCCCCGACGCCGCUGUCUGUCUCAACCGGCUUUGGCGGUCAAGGCUCUUCGCCUUCUUACUUUGCACAACCAAACCCUUUCGCAACCACUCUGAUGCGCCGCACCUCUUCUUCUUCAACGGAGCAGCCUGUCAUCGCUCCUUCGUCUGCUCUGUCGGCCACACGUGUCGAGGAGCUUGCCGCUGAAGCCUUCAUCCUCUAUCUCAAAGCGAUUGCCUUUCUGCAGCGCGGGCUAGACCAGGCAAGCAUGUUCUGGGCCCAGCGUACAUCGCAGCAGCCACUCAGCACCGAGCUCAACGAAGCCGUCCAAUGGUUUCGUUCACGAUUCAAUGAAUGUCUCGACAAGGCAGAGUUCGCCAAGGGACGACUUUCCCAAGAGACCCUGCCAGAUUCUGCAGUCGCGCCAGAAAUUUUGAUUUACGAUCGUGCUCUGGAGAUGUCGCGGGCAGCUGCCGUCAAAGAGCUCAAACGCGAAAACCUUGCAGAGUGCGAGGCGACGUACGAAGCCGCUCUUUGGCUCUUGUUAGCUGUGCUCGACGAUCCCAGUCAAGAAGAGAGGUGCGAGGCUGAUAAGCUCAUAUUCAGCAAGUUCAUUCGUUCUAUAGAAGAGAGGCUGCGCAGUCUUCGCAAGUCACUCUUAAUGUAGGGCUUAGACGCUAUCGUCCAUGUCGAUUGUCUCAUCACUGAUAAAGUCUCGCGUUGUUGUACUUGUACUUUGCCUGCCACAAGCUGUAAUGGACUACAUUGCCUACAAGACGUCAAAAUGCGU